GACUGGGGGAAUCUAUAUAAUAAAGGCGGGGCUGCUGGGUUGGGUACAGUGUUCAACAGUCCUAGUGCUUAGGAGGUUGGAAUUUUACACAAAAUGAAGGUCCUGAUCUUAGUAAGUUGCGUGUUGGCGGCCACAUCCGCCACCUAUGUCCCCUACGCCAUCUACCCCCAACACAUCCCCGUGAUUGACUCCAACGGCGUCCCGGUUGAGCCCCUCGAGAACCAGCAGGCUAAAGCCGCCCAUUACGCCGCCCACGCUGAAGCCAGCGCGCGCACCGGCCAGUACUCCCCUCUCGCCCAUGCCGUCUACGCCGUCCCCGCCGUGUCCGCCGUCCCCGUCAACGCUCUCCCCGCUGAUACCCCCGAGGUAGCCGCCGCCAAGAUCCAGCACUACCACGACUUCGCCGUGGCCGCCCAGCGCAACGGCGUCAACGUCGCCGUGCCCGUAGCCCAAUACGCCGGCCACCCCGUCGACACCCCCGAAGUCCAACUGGCUAAAGCCGCCCACUUCGCCGCCCACGCCGCCGCCCGCGCCAACGUGCACCUCCGCAAGAGGCGCGACGUCUUGGCUUACCACUACCCGGUGAUCGGACCCAACGGUGUCCCUGUUAACACUCCUGAGGUACAACAAGCCACCGCUGCGCACCUCGCCGCCCACGCUUCCAUCACCGGCGUGCCUCUAGACACCCCCGAAGUCGCCGCCGCCAAGGCUAGCCAUUUCGCCGCCCAUGCCGCCGCCGGGCAUGUCGUGGGUGCGCCCGUCCUGGCUGCGUAUGGGUACUACGGGUCCGUGUACCCACACGCUGCUAUUGGGGCUGACGGGCAACCCGUGGAGACCGCUGAAGUCCAAUUAGCCAAGGCUGCCCACUUCGCCGCCCACGCCGCCGCCCGCCACUACUAAGACGACCUUUAGUGAUUGAAGAUACAGUUUUAUAAAUUAGUUUGUUAUGUCAUACUGCCGUACGAUUCGUUCUUGGUUGUUAACGGCUUUUGGGUUUGGCGGUUAAAAAUCAAGAAAAGAUUUUUGUUGAGGAACCAUGUACAUAAUGUUGUGGAAAAAGCCUAAAUCUUUAAUAAAACCAUUAAUGUAA